CAGGAGACCCCUCCCUCCGGCCCUCCUCCCCUCCCGCCGGGAGACACCCCCUCCUCCCCCAGCCGGCCAAUCGGCGGCGGUGACGCAAGCGGGGCUGCCGGCAGCCAAUCGGCGGGCCGCUUAGUGACCGGAGGGGAGGUGAGGAGGCAAGAUGGAGGUGCCGGCCGCCUUCGUGGCUCCCCCGCAGCCUGAGGCCGCCGCCGCAGUGGUGCUGCCGGAGCGGCUGCAGCGCCGGGAAGCGGAGCGGCAGCAGGGCGUGGAGCGGCAGCGGCAGAAGAAGGAGGCGCAGGUGGUUAAGGAGGAGCAGAGCGAGUUCUUCGUGGCCGCCUUCUCCCGGGAGCGGGAGGCCGUGGAGGCGCUGCUGACGGUGGGGUCGCUGGAGGAGGCGGCCGCCCGCCUGCAAGGGCUGCAGAAGCUCCUGACCGAGAGCGUGCGGUUCCUGGCGCCUUACGAGGUGCGGCAGGGGCAGGAGGCCGUGGCCCGGCUCCAGGGGGACCUGGCGGCCCGGCGCCAGCAGUUGCAGCCCAAGAAGAAAUUCGCCUUCCGGGCCCUCAAGAAAGAAGCGCCGCCGGGCAGCGAACCGCGCCCCGCCGAGCCCGCCCGGCCCGCUGCCGCCGCCGCCACGCCGGGCCCCGGCCCCGCCGAAGGGGAGGCGGGCGGGCCGCCGCUGUGCGGGUUCAGCCGCGCCGAGGACGAGGAGCUGGAGCUGGGCCCCGCUGAGCUGCUGCAGCGCGACGUGGUCCUCUCCGAGCUGCGCGGCUGCCGGGUGCGGCUCCGCGGCAACGCCAACACGCUGCGGGUGCGGGACUGCCGGGGCUGCACCGUCCUCUGCGGGCCCGUGUCCACCUCCGUGCUGGUGGAUGGCUGCAGCGACUGCCUGCUGGUGCUGGCCUGCCAGCAGCUCCGCACCCAUCGCACCCGCGACAGCCGCUUCUACGUGCAGGUGACCAGCCGGGCGGUCAUCGAGGGCUGCACGAAGGUCUCCUUCGCCCCCUACACCUGGAGCUACCCUGGUAUGGAGAGAGACUUCGAGUCUUCUGGGCUGGACAGAAACAGAAACAACUGGAAGCUGGUGGAUGACUUUGACUGGCUGGCGACUGACAAGCCUUCGCCCAACUGGAGCCUGAUCCCCGAGCAGGAAAGAAUCAGCUGCUGGGACUGACUGCAGAGGCAGCUCGGUGCGGAGCAAGAAAUCCUGGUGUAAACGCAUUGAUUCAUAAACUGUGGGACUUCAUCCCUGAUAUGCCAUUAAAUGAUUCUAUUCGGUAUUUAAAUUGUGAA